AUGCUGUGAUGAAGUGUUAGUCAGAGAGCAGACGGGCACGAGAAGGAGCUCAGCAUGUAAACAGGACAGCAGCAGAGAGAGAGAGAGCGAGAGAGAGAGCGAGAGAGAGAGAGGAAGAAAAGACACACCUUGGGCAGGUUAACAAAACAAAAGGAAGAUAACCAAAGACACAUCACAUUGAAGAAUGGGACUUGUGCAAUACUUUGUGACUGUCCCGUUGUUAUGUGCCCAGUUGGUGCUCACCUCUCCGCUGCUGCAACGGAUGCACAAUGGCAGAAGUUUUGAAAUGUGCCCUGCAGGUGAAUAUUUGAAGCGCUCAGGCACAGAGUGUGAGCCUUGUCCUGCUGGAAGCUUCACAGCUGCCUGGAACCGUGACAACAGUUGUGAACGCUGCUUUGGAGACUGCAGAUCAGAUUAUCAUCUGAGGGUGGUUCAGAACUGCACCAGCACGUCCAAUAUCAAGUGCGUCUGUGAGGUUGGAUUCACAUGCUCUGAUGUGGACCAGUACACAGGGAACUGCAGAUUAUGUGAAAAGAUCCAUCGAAAAAACAACUCCAGUGUUGCUGCAGCCCCAGGAAACAAUAAACAGAUACCUCCCGCAAUUUCCUCAGGACAUAGCAGCACUUCUGCCAAACCCUGCCAACAUUCCAAAUGUGAUUCUCAGUCUGACCCAUCAACACCUAAUGAAGACACAACGAGAAGCCAACUGGCAGCCAUCUUGUGUCCUGUGGUUGUUAUGGUAUGUCUGGCUCUUGUGAUCUUGUUCUGUGUCCAGCAGUCGAGAGAUGGCGCCUGUUUUAAGCGAGCUAUUACAAAGCUACGUGAUGAGGGGAGACAAGCUUCUGCUUCUUUCAAGUCAAAGGAGUCAAGUCAGUUCCCCAGAGACUCAUUCAGUGCUAAGCAGCAACCACCAUCUGUCUCAGCAGCCAGUCUGGGUCCAGUCCAUUUCCAUAAUCCAGGCACAGUCAUCUUCAGCCUGCUCAGCCAGUUUACAGGACAAGUUGGAACAACAGUUGUAGGCGAGAAGAUGACCGAGAGAGCGGGCGCCGAGGAGGACAACAGAACAGAAAGUCCUGUGUGUCAUCCCUCAUCUUCUCCCAGUCUUCAUCUCUCUGAGGAGGAAAGGAGCGCAGAGAGCGACAGCAUUUUCUUUCCGUCCCAGGAGCAGGGGAAGGACUGCCACAUGUCCAAAGAGGAGGAGCUUUGACGCACCGCAGAGCUCCCAGAGGAUUGGUGUCACUGGUUUGGGACUAUGACUCUAAGCACAUUCUUUUAAAGGAAUAAUUUAUAGACUACAGAUGAUUGUGGAGCACAUUUCAUUCCACCUCAGACAAACUGGGAAGGGACAAAAGAGCUCCGUGUGACAUUUUUUUCUUCAGGUUUUGGGAAAUAAGCAACUGGAACUGGAACUGGAUACAUAGUUUUAAGUUAUAAUUUAAGAAUUCCUCUGUAAUAGUUUUUGAUAAGCUCUCUCAUCUCUAUCUAGUAUUUAAUAUGAUUGUUUUAAUUUCAAUAAAACCGUAUUUUGAAAGAA